GGCUUCCCUUGGUGUCGACGACAAAGAUGUCAAAAACAUGUAAACUGUGGGUCCACAGAAAUACCAAAAGUCAACAGGAUAUAAUUAUCCCACCUAAAGAUUUUCCUGGUGUGAUGAUUGGAGAUGUGCUUGAAAUCUAUCAUCCAGAAGAGGAAUUCAGCCGUUUGCUUUUACAAGUUGAUUCACUUCCAGAGGAUUUUCAGCAAAAAGAUACCAUCAGCAUUGAUCAAUCCAUUGCAAAUACCUUCAAGCUUAGAGCUUACCAAGAUGUAGUGGUCACCAAAACAGAACCACAGAAUGUGGCUUUGGACAUGGUGGAGCUACUUUUCAAAGAACAGUAUUUUAAUCGUAGUGAUAUGUGGAGGCUUGUUAACUCAGUGAAAAAUACCUGUGUGUACCUGAACAAAAAGAUAGAGUUUUCUGAAAUGAGGUGUCAGGUGAAUGAAAUGUGGUCGAAGGGAGACAAAGUCACCUGCGGAGUUAUUACUGAAGACACACGGGUGGUCUACCGUUCCUCUACAGCUGUGGUUCAGAUCUUUAUCCAGAUGAGUUCUGAAAUGUGGGAAUUUGACUUGAAUGGAGAUCUUUACUUUGAGAAAGCUGUCAAUGGCUUCCUGACAGACUUGUUUGCAAAAUGGAAGGAACAAAACUGUUGCCAUGAUGUCACUAUUGUUUUGUUUUCACGCACAUGUUACAGUUCAACUUCACUUGAUGAUUUUCCCAGUGAUAUCAGAGAGUGUCUGCAAGUAGAUGACUUUGGCAACAUCUAUGAAGACUAUUACAGAGUGAUUGUGCAGAAUGAAAGGUAUGAGGAAUGGAACAAUACUCUCAGACUUCUUCGCAAACUUUUCAAUGAGUAUCCAGAACGUGUUCUACGCUACCAUCAAAACCAGUGGCCCAAGUGGAAAUUUCCAGCAGCACGUAUCUCUACAGCAUCACAGGGAAAUUUUCUUGAGACACUGAACAUGUCUCUCAACCUGUUUGAAAACUAUUACCUCGACCGAAAUUUUGACCGGACCGGAAAAGUGUCGGUUGUCAUCACACCUGGUCCAGGAGUGUUUGAAGUGGAUCGUGAACUGACAUUCAUUACAAAACAGAGAACCAUAGACUGCGGUGUUGGAAGUGAUCUUGUUUGUAUGGGUGAGCAGCCUUUGCAUGCUGUUCCUCUUUUCAAGUUUCGCAGUAAAAAUUCACAAAAUUCUGUGGAAGUUGGUGAUGAUUAUAACAUUCCUCAUUGGAUGAACCACAGCUUCUACACAUCCAAGAGUCAAAUUCAGAAUCAGCAGAGUGCCAAAUUCAUUCCCCGCAUAAAGCCACCACCAGAAUUUCUGAAAAUGCUGGAGAAAAAUCUGCCCCGAUCUGAAGAUUCAGAGUUUUUGUUGAAGACUGAGGGUCGAGAAGACAACAAUUUUCCGUUUGUUGAUUAUGAUGAAUACGAUGCUCAAGUCUUCAAGCUGCCAUCCCGAAUGUUCCAAAGGACAUCCCGCAGUGCAAGCUGUUUUACCAGCCGACUUGCUGCCAAGCAUCACACCUUUGCUGAAGCCCGAAGGAUGUGUGGUCCUCGCACUCGUCAUGUUUCAGAUGACUUUAUGGGAGUUACUGUGGAUUCUUCAGACAAAAAAACAAAAAUGUCAUCAUCUGCCAUUGCCAUCCCAAGUACACUCACUAGUCCUGAUACCUCCUAUUCAGUUGGAUGCUAUCCUAUUUAUGAGAAACAUAUAAGCCAAGAAUCAUUUGACUCUUGGGGAAGUGAUGACAUACCAUUCCCAAGACCUGUAGUGGGUAGUGCUGGGUCUCCAGUUGGUCACUCACGGCCAUCAGGGGGAUUUCCUCCAAAUCGUGCUCUUAUAAACCCAUUUGCACCAUCUCGCCUUCAGUUUAAGAUGACCUCCAAUCGACGUCGUUGGGUUCAUGCUCUCCCUACAGAUGCCAAGGGACUGACAGUGCAGCCUCACCAUGUCAAUUCAACAUUGACUUCAGUCAGUCAAGAAGCUGAGGAAUACACUUGGUCCAUACCUACACCUGAAGUUGUUCAGGCAGCACAGCUGGCAGCAGUAUCUCGUGCAAACAAGUCACUCAACUUUGGCUUAAAUAUUGACAGUCCCGACACAGGACAAGCCAGUCAUAGCGACAGUGAUAGCACCUCCAACACAUUCUCCAAAUUAACUUCAUGGACCAGCAGUGGAGUAAGCAUUGCAGGUACACAGAGGUCUAUGUCAGUCAUGCAGAAAAUUUUCAACCAGUCAAAGGAUAAACAUAUUCCAUGGGCUCCAACAGGAGAUCAAGAAUGGACACCAGAUCUGACAACAGUCGCAGGGUGGGACUGGCGCCCACUCGACCAAAGGGAGGUCAGCAGCACAGAAUCCAGACUUGUCAAGCCCAUUUUCACAGCAGGCCUUGAUUCUGACAAUUUCUGUCAAGGCAUAAGCGUGGAUUGGAAGUCACUCACUAUGCCUGCUUGCCUCCCUAUCACUACUGACUACUUUCCAGAGAGUGGAAGUUUGCAGUAUGACUAUGUCUUUGCUGAUUAUAGCUUGCUGCCAGAUGAUAUCAAUGCUGAUCAACUAUAUGACAAAAAUUUGAAGUUUUACCGCCGACCUCCACUUACAACGCAUGAGGUUUUCCGGGAGCUGAUUUCCCAGCGUUUGGGACAAGGAUUUCAACUAAUUGUGUCCAAGAAGAACGGCAAAAAGAGUGACACACCAUCAGUGGCCAAGUCUCAGCAGUUUCAGCAUGUUACAGGAAUGAUGCAAGCCCGUCAGAAAGAGGAUUCAGAGGAAGAAUAUUACUUAAGCAUUGGCCGUAUCUUCCACAACCUACACCUGAAAGGUUCCACCAUUACAGUGACAAAAUCCUGGCCCCGGCAUCCUCAGCCUAAGCGGACCUACACCUACUUCUACCGCUUCCAGGCUCCUGACUCAUACUGCUAUGAUGCUUCCUCCACCGAGUUCUUUAAUGAGCAGUUGGAGAACUACAACUGGAGUUACCUCGAUCAGUACAUCUGCACUCGUGGUGAGGCUGACCAUGGCUUGGCUGAUUUUCUGAAGUACUGGAGAAGUCGAUUUUUCUUGCUUCCCUCCAAUAAUACAGCCACCAAGAAGAUCAUAGAUGGACAGAGCUCAAGAUGUGACAUAUAUGAGGAGAAAACGCCAGCAGAGUUAAAACAGCUGACAAUGAGCUUUGUUCGUUUUUGUGAGGUCCUCAACAAGCUGAAACGCCUGCCUCAAUCACGACGUACUAAAGGUCAGUUAGCAGGAGAGAGCCCAGAGAUUGCAUCCAAACAGGAACAAGAAAGUAAAGAAAAGGAAGACAGACUAACUCAAUCCUCCCCUUCAUCUAAGAUUGUAGAAGCCAUGCUUGAUCCACAGACUGGACUAAGCUUCAUUCAAGGUCAGCCAGGGUUGCCAGGCAACACAUUUAUCUCAGCAGAAGCAGUGGCUUGGUGUCAGCAGCAUGUGUCUGGGGCUCAGACAACUGCACAGGCCACUAUGGUGAUACAGCGUUUGGUGGACGACCAACUCGUUCUUCAUGCCUCAGGCAACCCUCGGCACAUGUUUAUUUAUGGCUUCUAUCUGUACUAUGUAACACAAGGGAGAGGAAAGACAGAGCCCCAUACAGUAUACCCGGGAUAUGGUUAUAACACUCUUUUUCAAAAUGAGUGGCUGGAGGUGUCCAUCUUGCCAGAGCCAGAUGAAGAGGAAACAGACACUGAAAAAGCUUGCAAGUUUUUCCUUCCUGCAUCACGUGAGACACCUGAGCGCAUCAUGAGUUCAACACCUCCAUCAGUUCUGUUUUCAGAGGAUUGGAGAAAACAGACUGGACUUAGCAAUCAGGGAUGGGGGCAGCAGUCAGGAAAAAUCAAUGUUUGUGCUAACAAAGCAACUCUGCUGCAUAAGUACGUGAAUGUGGAUGUGAACCCUAGUGGUAAAAGUGAUCGGCAAGAGUGGGCCUCAGCCUGUUACAAUGCUUACUACAGUCCACUGUGCGCUUUUGAGAUCCAGAUCCAGUGGAUGGUAGCUACUGGCUGUAUCCUUGGAGAGACGAUUUACAGCUGGGCUAGAAAAGCUGGACCAUGUGGAUUUCAUUUGAUUCCUGUUCCUGUUGACCCUUUUGCUUUGCCCAACUGUGUCAACUCUGAUCCUUUGCGUAGUCCUAUUUUUGUGCCUUUGGCCGUGGAUGACGUUGAAGAUAGCGAGAGCAUUUUCACUGAUUGUUCUUCAGAAGUCAGGCAGGAACGUCUUCUGCUGAUACAAGAUACUAUCUUGAAAAGAUAUGGAUUUGUACGAAUCAACGUUCCAGUCCCUGACCCAGGCAAAACUGACAACUCUUCAUCCAAAUCAUUGUCUUCACAACACCUGUACAUGCAGGAGUACGUACAUCAGUAUGUUCAUUGCACUGCUGGCAUGUUUGUUCUCAUUCCAGAUCUCUAUCCAUCCCUUCUUUCAAAUGCUCAUGGUCCAGCACGGUAUCCUCCAUCACCUACAGUGUCAUACGUGGCCAAGAAGUCCACAUCCGACAUGCAUAAGAACUACAUUGCAAGGCAGCAGUCAAGCCAGAAGAUGAUUCAAAACCAUCAUGUGGGAUUUCUCUGGUCCUGGAACUUUAUGUCUUCAAAACGCUGGCGUUCAGGCAGCACUGGUGAUGAAGCAUUCCAGGACAAAAUGCUGGCUGACUUUCGUGAAUUUUGCCAAAACAAGGAUGGACGCUUGGAAGCAUUUCUGAAAGAUUUUAGUCUGAAAGUUUGAGCAAAAUGGGACAGAAGUGUGCUUUUUUUUUUUUUUAAAGAAGACUGGAACUGGUUAAUUAAAAUUCCCUUAAAAAGUGAAGAUUAUCAUAAUAUUAAUAUUAUUGCAUUAAGGCAUGGCAUUAGUCAAUUUAAGAAGGGCAUUAACAUAUAAUAAGGGCAUGACCACUGCAGUUGUGGUUUUUUUUUCUUCCAUGUAAAACUGGGGCUUUCUCAUGCAUAAUAUUGUUUUAUAAUCUUUGAUAUAAGACUAUAAUUAGCACACACUUUGCUCAUAUCUUUUAAAUUUUUGGCAGUUUAAUAUGAAGUUGUCUAUCCUCAUGCUUGUUUUUCUUCUGACCUGGCAAAGGCAUCAUUUGAAAAAAAAUCCCUUACUUUGAUAUAUUAUUUUAGCUCUUUACAGUUCAGAGUUUCUUCCUUAACCACUAAGGCCAUGUUGUUUUUCAACUGUUUAUAAUUGACAGAACUGUAAAGAGUUAAUGUUUUGAUGUUAGAUACAAAGUGUAUACACUGUGUAAACAAUGUAAAACCUGAUUUAUGUUGUAAAGCAAAACCCAUGAUUUAUGUGGUAAACUACAAAAGAUGAUAUUUACACUUUCAGGUGUGUGAUAAACUGUAACUAGGUACUUGUGCAAGUUUUGUGUAGGAAAGUGGGCAUGUGCAAGCCUGAUCUGUACACCAUGCAAGUGUGUGCAUAUCCCAGGUCCUAAGGGAUAAAAAGAUUGUCAUGAUUUGAUCUUGAGGUCAAAUCACAGGUAAUUAGUAUUGUGGUAAACAUGACUUGUCUCAGGAUCAGUGGUAACCUGAGUUCCGACCACAGAUUUCUUUAUAGUUUUUUAAAAUACUUUAAUGACAUGUUUUCGUCAUUUUUUUUGGAUAAAACAGUGAUUUGUUUUUCAUUUCAAAGUGUGUCAGUAGCAAGUUAAUUUAUGCAUUUUAAAUUACCAUGAAGUUAUAUUCCAAGAGAAUAUAGAAUAGUUUGUACAGCAAGUAGAGAUGCUUUUUGACCAGAAAACCAUGCCUUUGCUCAGCUCACCAUUUGCCUGGUAAAAGUUUUCAGAAUUUAAGAAAAUUCUUUUUCAGAUUUGCAGACAUCAGCUCAGUAUUAACUGAAUGUUCAGAUGUACUAAUAAUUAUAUUAGCCUGCUUAUAAACUGACCUGGAGAUGUUUAAUAGCUAUUAAAUCUUUGGAAGUAUACAUAAGGAGAGCCAAGCACUGGUAAAAUAGAGACUGUCCCAAGUUCGUACUCAUUUUGUGUGAGGAUGGAAUAAAGAGGUAAUUAUGUAAGCUGAUUCUAAACUUUAAAGUACCAGUAGCUCAUGAAUUUUGUGCCAAUAGUUACAACACUGUAUAUGUUUACCGCUGUGAUACCUAGGUGCCUGGCUGGUCUCACAGGACAGCACACCACUGGUUGUCUGUGAUAGCGUGAAACUGAGAUUUCUUGGUGAAUGCACUCUCAUGUAAUUUUUGUUCAAUAUACAACAAAUAAUAAAAAUUUGUCAGUUGUAAACAA